GUCACAUCCGGUUCAUAUAAUCGUUAUCACACGACGUCCGGGAGUGGUCAAAAUAUCCGCAUUUGCGGCUGGUAAGUGGAACUUGCCCUCUACUUUAGCUUUCCCAUGGUGUAUACCGGAUAACAGCAAAGAAAGACACCAAACACAUUACGAGGAAGUUCUGGUGUUGGUGGAGGCAGUUUCCAUUAGUGUAGUAGCAGUGGACAGUGUCCAAAUCCAAAGAUGGCUACUGGAAAGAGUAAGAACCAGAGCUCUCUGGUGCUGCACAAGGUGAUCAUGGUGGGAAGUGGAGGUGUUGGGAAGUCAGCCCUCACUCUGCAGUUCAUGUAUGACGAGUUUGUGGAGGAUUAUGAGCCCACCAAGGCAGACAGCUACAGGAAGAAGGUGGUGCUGGAUGGAGAGGAGGUCCAGAUCGACAUCCUGGACACAGCUGGACAGGAGGACUAUGCAGCCAUCAGAGACAACUACUUCAGGAGCGGAGAGGGCUUCCUGCUAGUCUUCUCCAUCACCGAACACGAGUCGUUCACUGCCACCUCAGAGUUCAGGGAGCAGAUUAUGCGGGUGAAAGCAGAGAACGAUACCAUCCCUCUGUUGGUGGUGGGGAACAAGUCGGAUCUGGAGGACCGCAGGCAGGUGUCGUUGGACGAGGUCCGGGCCAAGGCAGAGGAGUGGGGGGUGCAGUACGUGGAGACCUCAGCCAAGACACGAGCCAACGUCGACAAGGUGUUCUUUGAUCUUAUGAGGGAGGUGCGAAAAAAGAAAAUGUCAGAGAGCAAGGAUAAGGGUGGAAAAGAAGGCAAGAUCAAGAAGGCUUUCAAAUGUUGUCUGCUUUGAUCUAGACCCGACCUUUCAGUCAGACACGCAGAGCCAAACCAGACUAGAGCCUCCGCAGCACAGUGGCAUUAGACAGGGACAUGUUCAUUAGGACAUACUGUAGCAAAAUGUUUCAAAACCUUUCUUAUUGGACAAUAUAUUACAUCUCCCUUUGGAGCAUUUUCUUCAAUUUCUUGCCUACUGAACACAAAUCAGAUCUACAGAUCCUUCCCACUGAACUGAGCCUUCUGCCAUUUUAACACACAUCAAAUCCAUACACAGUACCUCUCACAUUGUGGCAGUCAGAGGGGUGGCCUAACCUAUGUUAGUUAUGCAAACCAUCCUUUGUGCCACUGUUGGGGACGGGUCCAGCGGGGACUGUUUAGAUGAAGUGCCUCAACAUUGAUCGUGAAUAUAUAGGUUAUGAUCACAGACAAUCACUCACUCGCACACUACUUAAAUAUGGCCUUGGUUUGAUGCUCACUUGUAGGAGUAGGUAGCCUCAUCACCAAGAGAAAUUGGCUAUGCUGUUUGAUGUCUUACUGUUUGCACUGCAAUCAAUUUUAUAUUCCUACUACCACUACUACACCACUUUUUAAAAUUUAUUUAUGGUCCACCGCAUGAAAAUCAGUCAGAUAAUUAAGUCACCUUAUUCAUAAUCCAACAUAUUGUCCACAUGUACAAUCCAACAUGUACUAUAUCCACAUCGUGUAUAUAAUACCGGUCAAAAGUUUGAACACUCCUACUCAUUCAAGGUUUUUUAUUUUAUUUGACUAUUUUCUACAUUGUAGAAUAUUAGUGAAGACAUCAAAACUAUGAAAUGACACACAUGGAAUCAUCUAGUGCUGAG